AAUCUCUCUGUUCCAUCGACCAUCGUCUUCUUCACCAACGACCAUCAAUAAGAGAGAGAAAGAGACGAGGAAAUGGCGAGGAGAGCCGACGAGGAAUACGAUUAUUUGUUCAAAGUGGUGCUAAUCGGCGAUUCUGGAGUAGGGAAAUCGAACCUGCUGUCCCGAUUCACCAGAAACGAGUUCUGCUUGGAGUCCAAGUCCACCAUCGGCGUUGAAUUCGCCACCCGUACACUUCAGGUUGAGGGAAGAACAGUGAAGGCACAGAUCUGGGACACUGCGGGCCAGGAGAGAUACCGAGCCAUAACGAGCGCCUAUUACAGAGGUGCGCUCGGGGCAUUGUUAGUCUACGAUGUGACAAAGCCAACUUCCUUUGAGAACAUCAGCCGCUGGCUGAAGGAACUGAGAGACCACGCAGAUUCAAACAUCGUCAUCCUGCUGAUUGGAAACAAGACCGACCUGAAGCAUCUGCGAGCAGUUGCCACCGAGGAUGCUGAGAGCUACGCAGAGAAGGAAGGCCUGUCUUUCAUCGAAACGUCUGCUUUGGAGGCGACCAAUGUAGAGACCGCGUUCCAGACAGCCCUCUCUGAAAUCUAUCGGAUAAUUAGUAAGAAGUCGAUUUCUUCAGAAUCCACCAGUGCUCAUAUUAAAGAAGGACAGACUCUUGUUGUCGAUGCACAGGUGACAGAUACCAAGAGAAAUUGUUGCUCCGCAUCUUGACUGAUGACAAGGGAAACCCGCAGCCACUACCCGAGGGUGUGAAAUGGUGAACCCCACAAAACUUGUAUUUCUUGUAUGUAUUUAUAGCUGGCAUAAUUGUUUGAAUUUGAAUGCUUGUAUAUUUCACUUUUACUGUUACUCUGUAUAACAGGAUACUAUUGUCACCCAUUCAUAGGCUGUCAUUAUGAAUGUGAAUAUGUGAUGGUUUAGGCA